CUGCAAACAGCCAUCGCCAUGCACGCCCCUCUGGUCGUGCUCGCCGGCCUCUGCGGACUCGCGGCCGCUGCUCAAGGCGCUGAGCUAAAUCACCUGACGGCAAAGUACGGCCUGAUCCCGGACCCGCUGCACCUGACGAGCUUUUUCGACCUGCCGCGCACGACCGCGGAUGCCGCCAAGGACAAGUGGGCGAAGGCCGACGGCGUUCUGACGAACAAGGGCGUGACGGUCUGGUGCAGGGACAAUGACUACCGCGUGUGCCUCUUGUUCGACUCGCUGGGGAGCGUGGCCGGUAUCCAAGUGUCGGUGAGUGGGGUGGCCUUAGGGUGGCGUAAGGGCGGCCUAAGGGUGGCCUAGGGGCAAUCAAAGGGCGGCCGAGUGCCGGCCUAAGGGUGGCGUAGGGGUGGCCGAA